CUGGCCAAUCCAUAGCCUGUAUUGUUUUUUUAAAUUUCUUUGUUUUCACUUUUUUCUGGUCUCUCCUUGAGUAGUUUAAUAAUCAACCAUCUGAAUUGUUUAUCUGGCAAUUCAGAGAUUUCUUCUUGAUUUGCAUUCAUUGCUGGGGAGCCAGUAUAGUCUUUUGGAGGUGUUAUAGAACCUUGUUUUGUCAUAUUACAAUUUUUCUGAUUUCUUCUCACUUGGGUAGACUAUUUCAGGGGAAAAAUCUGGAACUCAGGGGCUACUGUUCAGAUUCUUUUGUCCCACAAAGUGACCCCUUGAUGUGAUGCAUUCUCACUUCCCCUAGGGAUGGAGGUUCGUGAGAGCCAGACUGAAGUGAUUGCUAUUGCUCUUCUGGGUCCAGCCACCCAGUGGGGCUACCAGGUUCCAGGCUGGUGCUAAGGAAUGUCUGCAAAGAGUCCUGUGAUGUGAUCCGUCUUUAGCUCUCCUGGCCAUGGACACCAGCACCUGCUCUGGUGGAGGUGGGAGGGGAGUAAAGUAGACUGUGAGUGUGAGAGUCCUUGCUUGUAGUUUUGUUUACUGUGCUGGCUUUCUCAAAUGCUGGUUAUGCUAGCAGUGAAGUUGUCACGUGGACAGACUCAGGAGCUCUGGUUAGCCAGGAUGUUGAAAGCAGUGGAAUUAGCUGUUGUUUCUCAUUUCUUGGAGCAGGGUUAUUCUGUUGUGAGUUGCUGUAAUGUCCUGACUUGGUUGGCCUCCAGCCAGGAGGUGGCGCUUUCAAGAGAACACCAGCUGCAAUACUGGAAGGGGAAUAUAAGCUUGCCCUAAGUUGGCCAGGAUAAGUAUUAGGAUUUCUCAGGUGAUGGACAGGGCCAUAAAGCUCCCAAGAGUUUAUGGCUUUUGUGAUCAGCUACCAGGGCGGGUAGAGAAAUACUGUCAGGUUGGGGCAGGAUUAGGUGAGUCUGAGCUCAGACUCUUUCCAGGAAUCUGUUACUGAUUUCUAGUUUUUAAUUCCACAGUGUUUGAAGGACAUACUUGAAAUAAAUUUAAAAUCCAUUGAGAUUUGUUUCGUGGUCCAGAAUAUGGCCUAUCUUGGUGAAUGUUUCAUGUGUAUGUGAAACUGAGGCAUCCAUCCCUCAGUUUCAACCACCCAUAGAUUUGUAAUUAUUGUUACAUUUACAGAAAUUUGGAGGAAGGUAGAAGUUAUUGUCUUGAACCAUAAAAUGUCUGUUUGAAGUCUUUGAGCUCCUCAAGGGUAGGCUGUAUGUCCUGUUUACCUUUGAUCCUCUCAGCAUAAUGCUUGGACCAAAAUGGAAGCUCAGCAGACACUGGUUGAAUGAAUGAAUAGAUGACAUUCAAUUGUUAGGCUGUGUUCUUGUUUUGGAUUUAGAAAAUAUGCUUAUUGUGUUAUGCAAUAAGACUGAGUCUUGGCUGGGUGCAGUGGCUUACGCCUGUAAUCUCAAUACUUUGGGAGGCCGAGGUGGGUGGAUCACUUGAGGCCAGGAAUUUGAGACCAGCCUGGCCAACAUGACAAGACCCUGUCUUUACUAAAAAUACAAAAAAAUUAGCUUGGCAUGGUAAUGCACACCUGUAAUCCCAGCCACUCGGUAGCCUGAGGCAUGAGAAUCUCUUGAACCUGAGAGGUGGAGGUUGCAGUGAGCCACGAUCAUGCCACUGCACUGCAGCCUGGGCAACAGAUCAAGACUCAGUCUUAAAGACAAAAAAAAAAUACUGAGUCUUACACACUUUUGCAUCUUUAUGUCUCUAUGGGUCUUCACACAGAGCUUGGCACAUUGUAGCUGCUCAGUCAGCACUGUUUGUGCUGAAUUGAACCAAUGAGAUACGUACAAAGGGGCUGUCUCUCACUACUGGGGAUUUAAAGCCACCCCGAGGCAUUUGACAAGCUGUUCUGGCCAAGGUUGAAGAGGUUGUCCUGUCAUAAAGCCCCCCUAAGACAUGAUGUCACACAUAGACACCACUCUCCGUGCGAAAGGGGAGGCCUGUGCACUGAACUCCCAGACUUAGUUGGGCCUCAGUGCUCUUCUUGGGUUUGGUCAUAGAGCCCAAGAGGAGGUGGAUAAGCUGCCUGACACUGAUAUGGUAAAAGGAUUAUCUGCAAAUUUCUAGCAUCAUCAAGAUUGGCCUCUUUGCCCACAGGGGAGACGGUCAAGCCAGUAUGGGGGCUAAUGAAUAAAUGCUACACUGUGCCCACUCAGGUGGGUAAGGGCUGCCACUCCUCUUCCCCUGGAGUGGGGCGGCUGUGCUGGCACCCUUGGCAGACACACUAAGGGGAACUGCACCUGGAGAGGAUGGGCCAGUCGGGGAAGGACUGCUGGUCACUCAUAGCUGUGUGUCACCCCUCCCACCUCCCUCUGCGGAGACGCAAAGUCAAGAGUAGGAAGAAGCCAACCUCUGAGGUCACGACCCCCAGGAGACCUGGAGGACUGAAUGCUGCUGCCCCCAAGGAGGAGGCUGCCGUCUUAUCCCAGGAGGGAGAGCAGGAAAAUAAAAAGGUUCAAAAGGAAGUUGCUGCGUAUCCAUCUGAGGCCUCUGAGGACAGCAAAGAGCAAAGGCCCUGGGACCGGGUCUCCGUGCCCAUGACAGAGCUCUGGCUGGACUGGUUCUCAGCCUCUAACACCCCCAAGACUCAGAACCGUGAAGAAAAUCUUUCCAAUAAAUCCAAGAGUUGCUGCUGCUAUAGGCCAGGCUGCCACCUCUCGGGGCCUCCGUCUUCAGACAAACCCAGCCUGGCUUCAUCCACACUCCCUGUCCCCACAGCUGCAGGAACAGCACUUCCUGCCACCGAGCCGUGUGACCACAGUGGAUUGUCUCUGGAGGGGCCCAAGGGGGCCCUGGCCACCUUUCUGACUGACUCGGUGCCAGGAGACAGACCAACGUCCCUCUCGUGCUGACAGCCGGGCCGCACCCUGGCAUGAGGGCAUUUACAGAAAUGCUGGCGGAACUGCUGCCAGGGAGGCUGUAGGGUCCUCUGGCAAAAGAGGCCUCAGGUGGCUCCUCAGAGUGUCUGUGGUUCUCUGUCCCAGGCUGUUCCCUAAGAAGGUCUGCCCAGGACUCAGGUAAUCAUAUGCUCAUUAGAAACUCCUGGGCACUGCCUGUGUGCCCAGCCCAGCCCAUUAUGUCGGUGAGGACAGACGUGGAGGACAGCAGUCCCUGCCCUUGGUUGGGGCUCCAGGCCAGCAAGGGCCACAGCCCCAGAAGGCAGAGCAGGAAGACAGGACUCGGGGCAGGUGAAGCAGCCUUCUCAUUGGCAGAAGGGAAACAGAAGCCCAGGGUGGGGAAGGGUGGGGAAGGGUGGGGAAGGGUGGGGAAGGGUGGGCCCGGGGUCACACGGGGUAAUGGCAGAGCCAGGACUAGGGUCAGGGUCUCUGGCUCUCAGCUGCCCAUGCCACCUCCUCCUUCUCUGCCCGCCCCAGUGCCUCAUGGGCCCAAGGUUGACUCCCGCCCUAGGGCAGGCCAGUGACCCACAGGGCUCAUACAUGGCCCCUGGCCAAGCCUGUGGGCCCUGCCUUACCCCUACCGGGAGGAUGGCACCUAGGGUUGGAGCCAAACAAGUGUCCUCCUCCAGCGCCAGCCUGGCCCCGAGUGCAAACUCGUCACUGGUCAGGGGUCCGGACAGCAGCAUCCCUGAGGGCCGAGAGAGGGGGCCAGUCCUGUGGUGAGGUUGAGAGGUGUCAACGUGCUGGCGGUCCUCGCUCGCUCUCAGCACCUCCUCAGCCUCAGCGUCUGCUCUGACCACACUUGAGGAGCCCUUCAGCCCAGCGCUGCACUGUGGGAGCCCCUCUCUGGGCUGGUGGAGGCUGGAGCCAACUCCCUCUGCUUGCGGGGAGGUAUGGAGGGAGAGGCGUGGGCAGGAACCUGGGUUGCUCACGGGCCAGCACCAGUUCCGGGUGGGCAGGGGCUCAGCGGGCCCUGCACUCGGAGCAGCCAGCUGGUGCCUCCAGCCCCAGGCAGUGAGGGGCUUAGCACCUGGGCCAGCAGCUGCGGAGGGGGCGUUGGGUCCCCCAGUACUGCUGGCCCGCCGGCGCGCACCACACUUGAAUUGUCGCCAGGCCUCAGUCACCUCCCCGCGGGGCAGGGUUCGGGACCUGCAGCCUGCCAUGCCCAAGCCUCCCCAUGGUGGGCUCCCUGCGAGGCCCGAGCCUCCCACACGGGUGCCUCCCACUGCUCCACGGCACCUGGUCCCAUCCACUGCCCAAGGGCUGAGGAGUGCAGGUGCCCGGCGUGGGACUGGCAGGCAGCUCUGCCUGUGGCCCUGGCAUAGGAUCCACUAGGCGAAGCUGGCUGGACUCCUGAGUCACGUGGGGACUUGGAGAACUUUUAUGUCUAGCCAGAGGAUUGUAUAUGCACCAAUCAGCACUCUGUGUCUAGCUCCGGGUUUGUGGAUGCACCAGUUAGCACUCUGUAUCUAGCUAAUCUGGUGGGUACUUGGGGAACCUUUAUUUCUAGCUAAAAGAUUGUAAAUACACCAAUCAGCACUCUGUGUCUAGCUCAAAGUUUGUAAACACACCAAUCAGCACCCUGUGUCUAGCUGAAGGUUUGUAAACGCACCAAUCAGUGCUCUCUGUCUACUCUAUCUAGCUAAUCUAGUGGGGACUUGGACAACCUUUAUGUCUAGCUAAGGGAUUGUAAAUACACCAUUCAGCACUCUGUGUGUAGUUCAAGGUUUGUAAAUAUACCAAUCAGCACUCUGUGUCUAGCUCAGGGAUUGUAAAUGCACCAAUCAGCACCCUGUCAAAAUGGACCAAUCAGCUCUCUGUAAGUGGACCAAUCCGCUGUCUGUAAAAUGGGCCAAUCAGCAGGAUGUGGGUGGGGGUCAGAUAAGGGAAUAAAAGCAGGCUGCCUGAAGUGGCAGCGGCAACCUGGU